UAAUAGGAUUGUUUGUAAGCCGUUAUCUGAACAAAUAUGUUUGUACAGAAUAUCUUUUCAGUAUGAUAUAACGAAAAAAAUUAGCUUUAUUAAGGUUUGUUUGCAUCAAGCUAAGCUAUAAAGCAUUUUUUCAAAUACUUUUACUGAUUUGGAAAUUUAAACUGAUUUUUACUUCCAAAGUUAACUAAGCCGUUUUGAUAUGCAUGUUGUUUCAAAACUAUUCUGGCAAAAAGUCAUGUAGAAAAUUGUUUAAUGAAAAUCGUUGUUUUAAACUUAUAUGGCUACCUGCUCGUGUUAGUUUGUUUUGUAUUUUCAAUAGUAUUAUUCUAGCUGCAUUUACUAAUGAAGUACCAUUCAGCAUUAAUUUCAAUGAUAUAUGUUAUAAAGAGUGUAACAGUUCAGACUCGUCCAACAAAUCUAUAGUUUUUUCUAUGAAUGAACUAAAAAGUAUUACUCUGACAUUUUGCAAUCAAACUCCAGGAAUGUUUAUUAUGCCAGCAACCACUAAUGAAAGCAAUAUUGUUACAUUCUUGCAUGAAAAUACAUCUAUUAGAGUUUCUAAAUCUAUCACCUGUAAUGAGCUAAAGUCCAGACUUAAAAUAGAUGCUGGUUUUGAAAAAUCAUAUGAAGAUUACCAAGAUAUCCUUAAUAGAACAAUAGAUUGUGGCAAAAGUUCUGAUAAAUGCUCUACAUGUUUGAAUAAAUACAAAGAAUGGCUAUGCACACAGUUUCCGUUUUCUAUAGAGAAUGGCAGAAAACCUGAAUACUAUGAAGAAAAUCAUGUUUGUCUUGAAUGCCCUAGCACAGAAGCUGAUAAUGAUUUUUCAUUUGGUGGUUAUGUACUAUUUACUUGUCAAGUUGAUAGAGGGAAGGAUGAGUUAAAUUAUGCUAACUACCUGAGAAGUGUGCAUCAAAGUUUUGUUAGUUCAACAAAUUAAUAUUUGUAUAUUUAUUUUUGGGUACAAGGAUUUGUAUAUUAUCUAUAUAUAUAUAUAAAGUGUUGAUGCCGAGUGAUUUGGAGUUCCAAGCAAAAAUUUUUGUUUGGCUUAAUAUAUAUAUGACACACACAUUCAAACAAUAUUUUCAAACGAUACUUUUGAUUGAAGUUGAAAAGA